AUGCAGGGGGGCGGCUGGCGGGUCGGGGGGUCGGGGGGCCGGGGAGGGUCGCCGAGCCGCGGUGGGGCGGCCGGACAGUCGCGGCCCGAGCGUCCCCGGUACGCCGUCGCCCCCUCAGAGCUUUCUGGAAGGAGCUCGGAAAUUCGCAGUGAGUCCCAUGACUAUCCUCAUAGAGUGGCCAAGUUUCCAGAAAACAGAAAUCGAAACAGAUACAGAGAUGUAAGCCCAUAUGAUCACAGUCGUGUUAAACUGCAAAAUGCUGAAAAUGAUUAUAUUAAUGCCAGCUUAGUUGACAUAGAAGAGGCGCAGAGGAGUUACAUCUUAACACAGGGUCCACUUCCUAAUACAGGUUGUCAUUUCUGGCUCAUGGUUUGGCAGCAAAAGACCAAAGCAGUUGUCAUGCUAAACCGAAUUGUGGAGAAAGAAUCGGUUAAAUGUGCACAGUACUGGCCGACAAAGGAUGACCGAGAGAUGCUGUUUAAGGAAACAGGCUUCAGUGUGAAGUUCCUGUCGGAAGACGUGAAGUCCUAUUAUACAGUCCAUCUGCUGCAGUUAGGAAACACCAAUAGUGGUGAAACCAGAACAAUAUCUCACUUUCAUUAUACUACCUGGCCAGAUUUCGGAGUCCCUGAAUCACCAGCUUCAUUUCUCAAUUUCUUAUUUAAAGUGCGAGAGUCUGGCUCUUUGAAUCCUGAACACGGGCCUGCGGUGAUCCACUGUAGUGCCGGCAUCGGGCGGUCAGGCACCUUUUCUCUGGUGGACACUUGUCUUGUUCUGAUGGAAAAAGGAGACAAUAUUAAUAUUAAACAACUGUUACUGAAUAUGAGAAAAUACCGAAUGGGGCUGAUUCAGACACCAGAUCAACUCAGAUUUUCAUACAUGACUAUAAUAGAAGGAGCAAAGUUUAUAAAGGGAGAUUCAAGUAUACAGAAACGGUGGAAAGAACUUUCUAAGGAAGAUGUAUGUCCUGUUUUUGAUCAUUCACCAACCAAAAUAAUGACUGAAAAAUACAACGGAAACAGGAUAGGCCUAGAAGAAGAAAAACUGACAAGUGACAGGUAUACAGGACUGUCCUCUAAAAUGCAAGAUACUCUGGAGGAAAACAGCGAGAGUGCUCUGCGGAAGCGCCUUCGGGAGGACAGGAAAGCCAGCACAGCUCAGAAGGUGCAGCAGAUGAAGCAGAGGCUGAACGAGACCGAACGAAAAAGGAAAAGGUGGUUAUACUGGCAACCUAUUCUCACUAAGAUGGGGUUUGUGUCCGUCAUUUUGGUUGGCGCUUUUGUUGGCUGGACACUGUUUUUUCAACAAAAUGCCCUAUAAAUAAUUUUGCCCCGCAAGCUUCAGCACUGGUAGCUGACAGUGUUGCGUGAAUCACAGGGGUUCAUCUGUUAGCAAACUCCUCAGACACCAGACGGUGCAGUUGACUAGACACCCACAGAGAAUUGGGGUGUGCAGUCACCUCAGCACCCCCAAGGCGCUGCCCACACUGUACCCGCUCCCUAAAAUAAAGACUUGAAUGCUUCUUAAGAACUGGUACAUUUUCAACUGUAUUCAUACAUGUUAAGUGUUUCACCUGACCAGACUGAGAAGUCCUUUAUCAUGAGGAUUCGUUUUUGGAGGCUGUCUGGAUUUUAACCUGCACUUGAUAUAAGCAAUAAAUAUUGUGGUUUUAUGGACAUUAUUACUGGAAAGAAAAUGACCUUUAAGUAAUGUGUGUAAUGUAUAAAUGUACUUGUUCACAUGGGCAUCAACAUUUUAUAUUCUUAACCAUUGCAGGGUAAAUAUAU